GUCUUCUUCUUCUUCUUCUUCUUCUUCUUCUUCAUUCUUAUGUGUACUCUGUAACGGACUCUGCGAAAAGGCCGGUAAUGGCGGAUUACGAGCCGCUGCGCAACGACGUCGUCGCGUACAUCGAUGACGGCGGAGUAGGACCACCGGAGCCGACGAAGUCCGGAAUCGGAACUAGAACCAGAAUCAGAAUCAGAAGCACAACCGCCACCGUUCGCAUCGUGUCUCUCGACGUUUUUCGCGGUCUCUCCGUCUUCCUUAUGAUACUCGUAGACUAUGCCGGUGCGAUUUUCCCUGUCAUUGCUCAUUGUCCAUGGAAUGGCCUACACUUGGCAGAUUUUGUGAUGCCAUCCUUUCUAUUCAUUGCUGGAAUUUCUAUUGCACUUGUCAACAAGAAAGUGUCCAACAGAGUUGACGCCACAUGGAUGUCUCUUCUAAAAGCAAUGAAAGUUUUUUUUCUUGGCCUUUUUCUUCAAGGUGGUUAUUUUCAUGGAAUAACAUCUUUGACAUUUGGUGUUGACAUCGAAAGAAUGCGGUGGCUUGGGAUUUUGCAGAGAAUAUCUAUUGGAUAUAUGGUUGCAGCCUUAUGUGAGAUAUGGCUUCCAUGUUUGGGGCUUAGGCUGAGGGGAAGAGACAUUUUCAGGAGUUACUAUUGGCAGUGGUUUGCUGCAUUUUCAUUGUCAGCAGUUUACUUUGGGCUAUUAUAUGGUUUAUAUGUUCCAGAUUGGCAAUUUAAAGUAUCUAGUUCAACUUCUCCUUUGCUUUUAUCAAAUGAUAGCUAUGUCUACACGGUGAACUGUGCCAUAAGGGGUGAUCUUGGACCUGCCUGUAAUUCUGCUGGAAUGAUUGAUCGUUAUGUCCUUGGUAUUAAUCAUCUAUAUACAAAACCAGUUUACAAAAAUCUGAAGGAGUGCAUUGGUACCGAAAAUGGCAUACUUUCUGAAAGUACACCUUCAUGGUGUCAUGCUCCUUUUGAACCUGAAGGUAUUUUAAGCUCUUUAAUGGCUGCUGUGACCUGCAUAAUUGGGCUUCAAUAUGGACAUAUCCUUGCACAAACAGGGGAUCAUAAGGAGCGCUUAUACAGUUGGUCUAUGCUUUCAGUUUUACUUUUUUUCCUGGGCUUGUUACUUGCAUUCAUGGGUGUCCCAUUGAAUAAAUCAUUGUACACAGUCAGUUAUAUGUCUAUUACAACUGCUUCCGCUGGAAUUACACUUUGCGCUUUAUACUUAUUGGUUGAUUUCUACGGUUACAGGCGUUUGACAUCUCCCUUGGAGUGGAUGGGGGUGCAUUCCCUCAGCAUUUUUGUUCUUGUUACUUCUAACUUAGCUGUUAUAGUGAUACAAGGAUUCUACUGGGUUUCUCCUGAAAACAAUCUAAUUCACUGGAUUGUUACUCGCUUUGUGUCCAGAUGAAAUGAUAUUUCAAACAUCCUCUGCAUGGGGUUUGAAGAGCUGGAUUAUAUGGGUCAGAAUCUUUUAAAUUAUAUUCGUCCUUUGGUACAUUCAGCCCAAAGGUUUGAGAUCUCUCCCCCUUCGGUUAGUUUCUAGGUCAUACACAGUAAUGGAGGGAUCUUAUUCUUCGUUUGUAUAGUUUGAGUAGUGAAGAUUUUGGAAAAUGAACCUAAUAUAUCUUGGGAUUCAAUAAAAGCAAAAAUGAUUGGAAAGAAAUUGCAUUUAGUAAUUUCAGCAAACGUGGAGCUUCUUACCAUGAAGAAAUGAUUUGCCCAUGUGUAAAUUAUACUCCAAGGCGAGAACAAGGACAGGGUGAGAACAGCCAUCACCAUGACGUCACAUACCUUAUUGCAAACUUCCAUGGAGUAAUUCUCACACUUUAGGUUUGUCCUAGUUGGUGUCUCACCCUCCAACCAUUUAUCCAUGAUGAUGCUUCAAUGUUUUCUGGAAAUUUUGAGUUGUACAUAUUGUAAUAAAUUUAUUGAAUUGUUAUGGUGUGGAUGGAUGACACGAGCAAAAUGCUUUCUAGACAUUUCUUUUCA